AUGGAUCGGGUGAAGCUGUGCGAUCAGAUACUGUUGCAGAAGCUGCAUCUGCUAAGCAAUGAGGUGCUGCGUACGAACCACGGUGUCACCGAACGGGACAUGGAGGAAGCGUUCAAGCAAUCGAUCGGUUACCGUGCGCCCAGAUUCUUCCCACAAAACGAUGGCAUCCUGGCGAUCGUGUACAGUGCCAUAUUUGUGGUGGUGCUCUUCAUCAUCACACCGUUUCUGGCCGGGUUUCUCGAGCUAGCGCUCGGUAUGCGCUGCAUCGUGCCAAACAACUAUCUUAUCUGGGAAGCGACGCGUCCCGUUUCAAACUGUGACUUUUGCCGUGGCGUCGACCGGCCAAUCAUACUGCAGAACUUGACGCGCGAAGAGUUCCAGCCAUACGCGUACUCGUCGCGUCCGAUCAUCAUUAAGCGAGCGGUAUCACAUUGGCCGGCGGUGCGACUGCUUAACUACACGUUUCUGAAGGAUCUGUACCUAAAGCACCCGGCAGCGCUGGACAGUCUGCACGAGGAUUGUCAGUUUUUGCACUUCAAAUCAAACUUCCAAACGUUGCGCGAUGUCUUCCGGAUGUCGGACGAGCGGGCCGAAUUUCGGGCGGGUCAGCAACCAUGGUACGUUGGGUGGAGUAAUUGCAAUCCGGCCGUACUGGCGGAACUGCGCAAGCUGUACCCGAAGCCACACUUUCUGCCGGACGAUGCCGAAAUGCCCAACACCGACUUUGUGUUUCUCGGGUACGAGCAGGGUGCUGUGAUGCAUAUCGAUUACAUCCCCCGGUUGAUGUGGCAGGCGCAGUUGCGUGGCAACAAAAGCUGGAUCUUAGCACCAACGCCCGAAUGCGAUGCAGAAUGUCGUAGUUUUAGCUUCUACGUUGAGCCAGGUGACGCGUUGCUCGUUGACACGCGGCUUUGGUAUCACGGUACGUUUAUCCAUUCGAAGGGAGAGUUUUCUCUCACCAUACAGUCCGAAUAUGGGUAA